AUGGCCGGCAGGAGCCUCCAGAAGGACGUCGAGAACACGUUCAACAUCAAGCUGCUCUCCGUCCCGCUGGCGCUGCGCGAGAUGAACUGGCUCGAGUUCCUCGCUCUAGGAGGAAGCGAGAAAGCCCUGGAGACGGCUGCCUCGAUGGAUGCGGACAUACAGGAGAUCACCAAACUCGCCUCUGAGGUGAUGGACACCCCUCUCAAGACAGUCCGGAAAGCCAGGAAAGUCAAGCAGGCCGUCGAGGCCAUCGAGGAAGAGACGGGGACGCCAGUGCUGCCUGCAGGCAAGAGGUCCCGGCAGGAGGAUGCCGCCGGUGGAGCCCUGGAGCCCCAUCCUGAGACGCUGCGCCAGAAACGGAGGACGGCGAAGGCUUCCGCCAAGAAGGCCCCGGCGCCGAAGAGGAGCCGGCCUCCCUCCGCCAGGACCACCCAGUUCAGCAAAAGGCCGAGCAAAGCAAAUCUCGUCACGCCGGUUGGCCCGGCAGCCUUCCGGGGCGCCACCCCCACACUGACUCCCAAGUUUGAUUCCAGCAUUUUUAAGACCCCCGGCCUGCGGGCGCCGGCGGCCCAGGAGCGUGUCUUCAGCAUCUCUGCCAACGGCAGUCCCCUGGCGGACGGCAACGAGAUCUUCCUCACGCUUCCCAUGGGCGGGGGGGAGAGCAUCCGUGUGAGGGCCAGCGAGCUCUGCCGGCAGGACCUGAUGCGCCUCAACGUGGACACCCUCGGGACCGUGCAGAAGAUGUCGACGCAGCUUCUGCAGCUCUGCAGCAGCGUGAAGGGCCACCACUGACGAUCCCGCGUGGCCCCCCCGGAUUGCAAGCAGCCUUCCCUUCCGUGGCGGCGUUUUCCUCUCCCCUGGUCUUGACUCUGUUGCUAGCGAAAUGGCGAGAUGUGAUGUUCUUAGGUUGAAUAAAGUUUGCUUCCCUCUC